GAAGAGAGCUUGUUCAUGUAAAAAAAAAAAAGUUUACAAAUAAAAUAAAAAAAUAAAAAAAAAGACAACUCUCUCCCAAAUCUUUAACAAAGAUAAAAAAAAAAAAAAAAACAAACAAGAAAAAAGGGGAGAGAAACUCAUCAGCGUAGUGCACCGGACCUGCAGAUCCGACCAUCGUCGGCUAUGUCUUCCUCCGUCUUCUCCGCCGUCCGAUCUUUCUCUCUCUUCGCCUUCCUUUUCCUCUUCCUCUCUCCCGCUCUCGCUUCCGAGUCAGAUCACAAGUAUCAAUCAGAUGACCCAGUUACCCUAUGGGUGAAUAAAGUUGGUCCAUACAACAAUCCACAAGAAACAUACAACUAUUACAGCCUUCCAUUUUGUCAUCCGGGUACCAACCCUUCUCACAAGUGGGGUGGUCUUGGUGAGGUCCUUGGUGGAAAUGAACUAAUUGAUAGCCAAAUCGAUAUAAAGUUCCAAAAGAAUGUUGACAAAAGUACUAUUUGCCAAUUGGAACUUGAUGAAGCGAAGGUCAGACAAUUCAAGGAUGCUAUUGAAAACAGUUAUUGGUUUGAAUUCUUUAUGGAUGAUCUGCCUUUAUGGGGCUUUGUUGGUGAGCUGCAUCCUGAUAAGAACAGUGAUAAUGGCAAGCAUGUCCUCUACACUCAUAAGAAUAUUGUUAUUAAAUACAAUAAGGACCAGAUUAUUCAUGUCAAUCUCACUCAAGAGAGUCCAAAACCACUGGAAGCAGGGCGAGUAUUGGACUUGACAUACUCUGUCAAAUGGCUUCAAACUAAUGUCACUUUUGCUCGUCGCUUUGAUGUUUAUUUGGACUAUCCUUUCUUUGAGCACCAAAUUCAUUGGUUCUCUGUUUUCAAUUCAUUCAUGAUGGUUAUCUUCCUCACUGGUUUGGUGUCAAUGAUCUUGAUGCGAACUCUGAGAAAUGACUAUGCAAAGUAUGCUCGGGAAGAUGAUGAUCUGGAAAGCUUGGAAAGGGAUGUGAGUGAAGAAUCUGGUUGGAAACUCGUUCAUGGUGAUGUUUUCCGACCUCCUCGCUAUUUGGCCCUGCUUUCUGCUGUUGUUGGCACAGGUGCUCAGCUAGCGAUGCUUGUUCUCCUUGUCAUCUUAUUGGCAAUUGUGGGAACGUUGUAUGUCGGGAGAGGAGCAAUUGUCACAACUUUUAUUCUGUGUUAUGCUUUUACAUCAUUCAUUUCUGGUUAUGUAAGUGGUGGAAUGUACUCACGCAAUGGGGGUAAAAAUUGGAUAAAGGCUAUGAUCCUUACAGCAUCUCUGUUCCCAUUUAUGUGCUUUGGGAUUGGUUUCAUCUUGAACACAAUCGCCAUAUUUUAUGGAUCUCUAGCAGCAAUUCCUUUUGGUACAAUGGUGGUUGUUUUUGUGAUUUGGGCUUUCAUUUCAUUCCCCUUGGCCCUUCUUGGUACAGUUGUUGGAAGAAAUUGGAGUGGUGCUCCAAAUAAUCCAUGCCGUGUGAAGACCAUUCCUCGCCCAAUUCCGGAAAAGAAGUGGUAUCUUACACCCUCUGUGGUCUCUAUGAUGGGAGGACUUCUGCCAUUUGGCAGCAUAUUCAUUGAAAUGUAUUUUGUCUUCACAUCCUUCUGGAAUUACAAGGUUUAUUAUGUCUAUGGCUUUAUGCUGUUAGUCUUCUUGAUUCUAAUCAUUGUGACCAUUUGUGUGACAAUCGUGGGAACAUAUUUCCUGCUAAAUGCUGAGAACUACCAUUGGCAGUGGACAUCAUUCUUCUCUGCUGCCUCAACUGCAAUCUAUGUCUAUUUGUACUCCGUCUACUACUACCAUGUGAAAACCAAGAUGUCAGGCUUCUUCCAGACCAGCUUCUACUUCGGAUAUACUUUGAUGUUUUGUCUUGGUUUGGGAAUUCUCUGUGGAGCCGUCGGUUAUCUCGGUUCUAAUCUGUUUGUAAGGAGGAUCUACAGAAACAUCAAGUGCGACUAAAUCCUUAAAAUGUUUGAAAGUAUAACCAUCAGCGCUUCUGUGAGCAUUUUUAUUUGUCGUCUGAGGCAAUAAAUGAUGAUGAGAUGAAACUUCCAGCCAGGAGGGGGGUAUGGGUCAAGACCUAGCAAAAUCCUAGAGAUGAGAAAUCACAGGGUUUGAGGGUAAGGGGGAAUUGGUAUUUGUGGGUUUCCAUGAGAUUUUGCUUUUUCUAUUUGCCUCAUUUCUAUUUUGACACAAAAUGUAAUCGAAGCCUGAUUUAGAAUGCUGAAAAAACCAGUUAAAAAAAUAGUACUCUUUGGUUAUACUUUUUUGUCCUUCACCCCUUCUGCAUAUACGUGUGUCCCGUCUGUAAGAACUCAAAAUGGCUAAAGUAUCUGCACAUUUUGUUAGGGGAUAAAGGAACUUCUCAAAGAAUUCAGCAUAUGUUUUUUC